AUUAUUUUUCUCGAUUGAUGUGCUGUAAUUUUCCACGAGCAAUCAUUAUUUUUUUAAAAUUUGGUGCCGUAUAUGUAUUCUUGUGAAUUUUUCCUACAAAGUUAGUGAUUAGUCGCUUGAUCCAAAGAAUCGAUCGCUGUUUGGUUUCUUUAGAUCGAAUUUCCGAUGCAGUAAUGCAGUGUGUAAUUUGAACUGUUAAAUUUUUUGAGUGGUUCAUGGGAGAAAACCGAACCCCAUUGGAACGUCUAUCAUCGAUCUGAUCCGGAGACAAUUUUGACAUUCCGCAUAAAGCACAGGCAGGAGCAUCAAACAACUAAACAAGCCCAUUCUUCCGUUUCCUUUCAUCCCAUCCCUGGUUAUAUUAUGAAAAUGAAGGGGAAUUUAAUAAUCAUAUGCGUGUCACUGGCUGCAAAUUUCCAAUAUGGUAACGCGGUUGAAAAAUUCAAACUUUCUUCUGGACACGAAAUCCCUGCCGUCGGUCUGGGGACUUCCUGGAUCAAACUUACCGAAAUGGACGAGGCUAUAGCCAACGCUUUAGAAAUGGGUUACCGUCAUAUCGACACAGCUUUCCAGUACUUGAACGAGGCUGCCAUUGGGGCCGCUCUGAAGAAAUGGUUUCAGAAAGGGGGAAAACGGGAGGACCUUUUCAUCACCUCUAAAUUGCCAACGCAUGGAAACCGAGCGGAGAGCGUGGAGAAAUACUUGAAACAGUCCUUAAAAGACCUAGAUUUAGACUAUGUAGAUAUGUACUUGAUACACAAACCGUUUGGAUUCAAGGAGGGGGAAAACAUGACCGAAGUAAAGGAAAACGGGAAGGUCAUAUUCGAAAAUGUAGAUCAUUUGGCCGUCUGGAAGAAGAUGGAAGAGCAGGUCACGGCAGGUCGUGUUAAAUCGAUCGGUCUCAGUAAUUUCAACCAGACUCAAAUUUUGAACAUUUAUAUUAAUGCCGAAAUUAAGCCGAGUAAUCUGCAGGUAGAGUGGCAUGCGUUUUUGCAGCAGAGAGAGUUACUAGAGUUUUGCAAAAAAUAUAAUAUCGUCAUGACGGCAUAUUCGCCACUAGGAUCGCCGGUUUGGAGAGGCAAGUUCCAUAACGGCACUGAUAAAAGUCUGCCACGGCUUACUGACCUCCCUGAAAUAAAAGAAAUAGCCAAAAAAUAUAACAAAACAGCCGCGCAAAUUCUGUUGAGGCACACUGUCCAAGCUGGUUUGGCCGUUAUUCCUAAGAGUUCAAAUAAAGACAGGCAAAGGGAGAAUAUAGAGAUUUUUGAUUUUUCACUGAGUGGAGAGGAUGUCGAAAAAAUUAAUGGUCUGAACAAAGGUGAGAUGGGACGCGUUUUUGACUUUGUGUACUACUACGAGGGGAUCGACAAAAAUCCUCAGUAUCCAUUUGCUACCCGUGCCGUUUGAAGAUUUUUACCUAUCAAAAUUAGCUGAAUGAACGAAUAGAACACUUGCUUUAAUUUUAUGGAAUAAUUGUAUCUGAUUUCCUUACCUGCAUGUGAUGUAAUAUCGAAAUAAAUCAAUUCUCAUGCCUUAA